AUGUCUGCUGCUGAUCACUUAUUGAACGUCAAAAAGGAAAUCGCCGAUUCCUUCCCCAAUUUUGAGGUUAACGCUACAAAAGCAUGGCAGGAAAUUAUCUCUGAACUCGCCAAGAAGGCGGAGACGAUUUCUGCCACUGGGACACCUUACAUCCCACAAGUCAAGUUUUCGGAAUUAUCCACUCUCUCUCCUGAAAAGGUCGCAGAAAUAAAACGCAAAGGAUCAGUUGUAAUCAAAGAUGUAGUCGACGAUGUUCAGGCAGCUGGUUGGAAGACUUCUCUCGAGGAAUUUGUCAAGGCCAACCCGACUGGAAUUGAAGGCUUUCCCGAAGGCAACUUACAGUUUUUCCAGCUAUACUGGACCAAACCUCAAGUCGAAGCGCGCUCUCAUCCCAACGUCCUGGCAGCUUCUGCAUGGCUGAACAAUCUAUAUACCUCAUCUCCGGACACGCACGUUGAGGGAGUAGACAUGUCAACGCCCUUGACCUAUGCCGAUCGAUUUAGGAUCAGACAUCCAGGAGGUCAUUGGGGAGCUCACCCACCCCAUGUCGAUGGUGGAACAAUUGAACGUUGGGAAGAUCCCGUGUUCCGGACAUGUUUCGCUGAGAUUUUUAAUGGAAAUUGGCGCGCCCACAACCCGUACGACUUGCGUGGCCGGCUGGAUGCCCGUACUUCCAUACAUCGAAGACCUAAUCAGGCAUCUGUCUUCCGAACAUUUCAAGGAUGGCUUGCGAUGAGCGAAACUGGACCGACACGUGGAACUUUGAGAGUGUUCCCUGAUGUCCUGCUCUCCAACGCGUAUAUUAUUUUGCGACCUUUCUUCCGACCCAUCGCAUCUUCAGGCUCAAAGGAUUUCCUCAGCCCCGAGAAUUGGAAAUUCGACAUCUCCUACCCCGAAUUUCCUGGACUUCACCCAAGAGAUGGGGGAUACUAUGGUCCACGACCAACAGUAGAGACCCAUCCUCACAUGUUACUCGACAAGACAAUGACUUCCGUACCGGAUGUCUCUCCUGGCGAUGCAGUGUUCUGGCACUGCGAUGUUGUCCAUGCUGUUGAACCAGAACAUCUGGGGAAGGAUGAUUCCGCAGUGAUGUACAUUCCGGCUGUCCCAUUCACUCCCUUGAAUCAAGCAUAUGUUAAUAAACAGAGGGAGGCGUUUUUGAAUGGAGUUGUCCCUCCUGAUUUCCCGAAAGUCCAGGUUAAUGAGGCGGAGUUAAGAGGCAUUGGAAAGGCGGAUGACAUUUUGUCUCCUCUUGGUGAACGCGCGAUGGGGUUCCCGAUUUCGGUCGCUUAG